CCCUGCACAAGUGGCUUUCUGGAACAUUGCGUGGAACGGUCUCUGUCUUUUUUCGCCAACCUCAGAUCACUGCCAACCAUGUUCUGGAAGAACGCUCUCCUUUCCUUGGCGUCGAUCGCAUGGGUGGCUGGAUGCGCAGCUUCGAAUUUGAGGAUUACCGAGGAUUUAUUUUCCUUUGGGGGGGUAAAUUUUCCGCAGUUGCAAUAUCUGGCACCGUCAUAUAGAGACAAGAUUAUUCGGAAGGUUGUCGAAUCGAAUGCUAGGGUUAUUCGACUGUUCAUUAAGGGAGAUGCUCAACACUCGGAUCCCGAGCCCACUUUGGGGGAGUUCGAUAAAGAUAUGCUUGACCGAAUAGACGACACUUUGGCACAAAUCUAUCAUAUAUCAAAAGGCACCGUCAAGGUCAUCAUUGUGCCUCAUGAUGCGCAUUCUCUCCGCGGUACAGACGACUCGCCAUGCGAUGCCUACUGCAAAGAACUCGAGGGGUAUUUCCUCGAUUUCUAUAGCGUUGAGAAAUAUCGAGACUUGUACAAGACACGUCUAGAAGUGCUCUUUAACCAUUACCCAUCUAGAAACUUUGGAGGUAGAUCCUGGAGUGAACUAAGUGAAGUGAUCAUGGGAGUCGACGUGCAAAAUCAGCCAUGGGCGAACAUCCACCCCAUUGUAGCAGGAGAAGCCUGGCUCUGUAUAAUGGCAACCUACCUCAAAGAUACCCUCGGCCUAGGCAAAUCCAACAUCGCUGUAAUCACAGGCGGAAUCUCUGGCCCACAAUCUCUAACCCGCAACCAAAAUUUCCCCGACUCAGCCCUCGAUUGUCCCGCCGUAGACAUCAUCGGCAUCCACGGCUACUUCGCUCAAAAGGAAGACUUCACCGCCACAGCCGGAACCCCCUGGGCGCAACUCCUCCUCCCAGGAAACACCCUCACGGCUCGAGCUCACAAACAAAACAAACUCCUACUCGUCGAAGAAUGGUCCUACCAAAACACCCCCUUGGGCCUCACCUACAAAAAACAAGCAAUCUUCGACCAAGCAAACGCGCUCAACCACCGCGGGAUUCCAUGGCUCUACUCACACAUCACAUUCCUGGACAACGAAGGCACGACCUCUCAAAUCAGCAUCGAGCGCGACCCAGAUAUCGCCGCCAUCGGCGCCCUCCAAAACGCACUGACCCGCGCAGCUACAUCGCGCUCGUACUUUAACUGGACGACUUACAUGGACGCUCCUCCACCUUCUUUACUCUCAAACCAUACCCUCAUUCCUAUGAACCCGUACAUUCCCGACCGCUCGUCCUGCCUCAUCGGCUGUGAGGGCUUCCUCUGCGAUUCAGCGGACAGCUGUGCGCCGUCCCUCAUGUGCAAGAAUUCCAUCUGCCAGGUCCCUUCUGAAUCCCAACCCGGUAAAAUCGCGGAUUCUUGCAACAGCAAGAAACCAUGUCUUUCACAUCUUCGCUGUGGGAAGGACGGAACGUGUCAGGAAUGCAGAGCGCGCGCGACUAUUCCGCCUGAAGAUUUCAGGAGGAAAGUUGUGUUUAACAAUCCGCAUGGAAAGUUUGGACAGUGCGAAUUAGAUAUCAAGGAUCCGUUCAACGAACUCGAGAUUUGCGUUGCUCCGCCUGCUUCACCGUACAUCCCUUCUUCUUCUUCAGCAACCCAGGAAGAAGUCGAAAAGGCGUUGGAGAAAUACCCCUCAAACCCCUGCACGAAUCCAACCCACUGCUCCGCAAACGAAUACUGCUCCUGGGGAUCCUGCGUUCCCUGUUCUUCGCUACCUCCCUCCUCUUCCCCCUCUUCACCAUUUGUAGAAGGUUGUCUGGGCAGCCCCUGCACCUCCUCGCAGCGCUGCAAAACAGGGCUCUGCAGCGUCCAUGGGACCUGCGAUUACCCAGCUAAACCACGUAAAUUGAGUACGGGUGGCAAGCAGUACGACACAUGGAAGAGUAGGAAGGGCGCUGGGUAUGGCAAAGGAAAAGGAAGUGGACCGAAUAAGGUCUGGGAUGUUCCUGUCAGGGUGAAGAUUCCCGAGGAGGAAGUCAAGGCAACGGGGACGGCUUGA